AUGGCCUCGUGUGUUCACUCUAAUGCUGCAGACCUGAAACCGCCUGGACCCUCAGAGGCAGUUUAUCGAGAAGACUGCACUCAGUGCUUCGAUUCCAUUGAUGAUGAUGCCGGUCUCAAUGUUUGUCUCCAUUGUUUCAAUGGUGGAUGUGCAGGACACAGGGACCAUGCCUUACUUCACUACAAGCGAUUCGGCCACUCCCUGGCCUUGAAUAUUCGAAGGACCCCAAAAAAAGUACAGCGCGACGAGCCUCCGCCAAAGAUAUCCAAGCUUGCCAUUGCGGCCGAAACAGAAGAGGAUAGAUAUGACAUUGCGACUUCGGUGGUGUGUUAUUCAUGCUCUCAGCACAAUAUCGACAAAACCCAAGGAAAACUUCCCAUGAUCAUUGACGGUAUCAUGAACGCAAUAACUUUCUCAAAAAGAGAGGAAAUCAAAGCCUGGGAACAGGAGUUUGUCCCAUGCGAGCACACGCUUUGUCUAACUCAAGACGACACUAAGCAAGCCGCAUCCACGGAUUCAAACCACUGCUCAGAGUGCGAUCUGGGUGAGAACCUUUGGUUAUGUCUGGAAUGCGGGAACAAGGGAUGUGGGCGAAGUCAGUUUGGUGGCAGCAAGGGAAAUUCACAUGGGCUCACUCAUGCCAACUCAACCUCGCACGCCGUGGCUGUCAAACUUGGCUCUAUCACAGCAGAGGGCUCCGCUGACGUCUACUGCUAUAAAUGCAACGAGGAAAGAGUAGACCCAGAGCUGGCCACUCACCUUGCACACUGGGGCAUCCUCUUGGCCGGACGUGAGAAAACGGAGAAGAGCCUGAUGGAGAUGCAGGUCGAGCAUAACCUACAAUGGGACUUUUCCAUGACGACUGAGGACGGACGAGAGCUGACUCCAGUCUUUGGGCCUACAUUUACAGGUCUCGCCAACCUGGGUAACAGCUGCUACCUCUCCAGCAUCAUGCAAUGCAUAUUCUCAGUAAGCGGGUUUCGUGAACGAUACUAUCACCCAUCCAAAGAACCACCGCUAUGUCAAGCACCAGCUCAGGACCUUGAGACACAAUUGCGAAAACUUGCCGACGGUCUACUCUCUGGUCGGUACUCGCGGCCUGACUCCCGGAUGAUGUCGCCCACGGAUAUUCAGGAAGUUGCUCAUCAAAAAGGCUUGGCACCAGCAAUGUUCAAGUAUCUUGUUGGGCAAGGUCAUGAGGAAUUUGCAACCAUGAGACAGCAGGAUGCAUUUGAAUUCCUCCUCCAUCUGUUCAAGUCGGUCAGCCUAUCGAAGCACUCCAGCUUGCAUGAUAACCCGGUACAGUACUUCCGUUUCCAGGUCGAGCAGCGUCUUCAGUGCUUGAACUGCAAGAAAGUCCGCUACAAGGUGGACGAGCAAGAUAACAUCUCAGUCGCUGUUCCCGCGCGUCCUAUCAAUGCUUCCGGCGAGACCGAAAAAGUCUAUGAAUCUGUACAUUUGUCAGAGUGUCUAGACAUCUUUACAUCAACCGAGGUUGUUGAGCUUACAUGCCCUGGUUGUGGCAGUCAGGACGGCUUCUCCAAACGGUCGUCAUUUAAAACACUGCCGCAAGAAUUGGUAGUCAAUGCUCGUCGGUUCGAGCUAGUCAAUUGGGUUCCUACAAAAUUGGAUAUCCCUGUGCUGGUCGACGACGGGCCAGUGGAUUUCAGUUCUUACCUUGCUGUUGAGCAUGACGCAGGCGAGGAGCCACUUCCGGAGGUCGAUGACUCCCCCGCAUUUGUCCCGAAUCCGGAAGCUCUCGAUCAACUCAUCGGCAUGGGAUUCCCUGCUGUGAGGUGUGAGAAAGCUCUACAUGCCACUGGUAAUCUGGAUUCAGAAGCUGCCAUGAAUUGGCUUUUUGCCCAUAUGGAAGAUCCGGACAUCGAUGAACCACUAGUCCUUGUUGGUCGGGCCCACAGCUCUGGCAUCGGUGCGCAAGACGCAACAAAAAUCUCACAGUUGGGAGAUAUGGGUAUCGAGGCAUCCCAUGCCCAGCGAGCGUUGGCUGCGACGGAUGGUGAUGUUAAUAGGGCGCUAGAUUGGGUGUUCAGUCAUCCUGACAAUGGGGUGGAUGAAGAGAAUAUGGACAAUCCUGACGCAGAGGCUCAUGAUAAAGCAGUUGGGCUGACCGAUCGACCAGCUCGCUACGAGUUAAGGUCGAUUGUAUGCCACAAGGGCACAUCUGUCCAUGCAGGGCAUUAUGUUGCUUUGAUCCGCAAGGAAUUGCCAGGUCAAAGUGGCUUGUCAUGGGUGAUGUUCAAUGAUGAGAAAGUUGUCAAGUUCGAAGAUAUCGAAGCGAUGAAAAAGACCGCUUAUCUUUACUUCUUCACGCGCGUUUAG